CCCCAAAUAGAUACAUUAAUAUUUCUCGCAUCCAUGAACAUACAUUAUUUGGUACCAAACAUGAUUUAUUUUUUAUUUUGGUAGUAACUAACUGUGUUUGUUGGUAAGAAGUAGUAUUACCUUCUCUUUAUACAUUGAGAUCCUUCGGUCAAGACUGACUGACAACCGCACAGCCAUAUUUGUUUUCGUCGUCACCACUGCUGUACUAUAUUUUUCGCUGUCUUAUUUUACAAGAAGUAGCGUCGGUCGUUAUUAUUUUAAGAAAAAAAAAAAAAACAGUUUUAAAUUGAAUAGUUCAACUACUAUCUGGUGCGAAGUUUCUAUGUGAGCUGUGAAGAACGCCGAACAUACCGAAAAUUACUGAAUUUUGAGUGUAAAACCAGAAUAUUGUUACAAGAUAUCAUAGCAGACACUUCUGCCUUUUGCUUAACAUUUGCUGAUCACAAAUGGAAGACGAAACUGUGUACAGAAUCUGACAAAGUGUUCGAUGUGGGAAAAGAUGAAUAUGCGUCCACUGAAGAGGCCUCGUUUGGGGCCUCCUGAUGUCUACCCGCAAGAGGCAAAACAACGGGAAGACGAGCUUACCUCUACUCAUGUCAAGCAUGGAUUUGCCACGGAGCAUAAACUUUCAGAGGAGUUUGGUACCGCUAGGAAUUGUAACGUAACGGCUAGUAAGGUAGGCGCGUACUUUAAUGCAAUUUUAGCCCGGAAAGAAGAAUUAAUGACGUUACCAGAUUCGGGACGAAAAAAACAACAAAUUAACCCAAAAGACAAUUUUUGGCCCGUAACAGCUAGGACCAAAGCUACCCUGGAUACAUGGUUCAGAGAUUUAGCGGGCACAAAACCUCUAAGUAGCUUAGCAAAAAAGGCACCGAGUUUCAAUAAGAAAGAGGAAAUAUUUUCAAUGCUUUGUGAAAAUCAAGUUACAAUGCAAAGAGCAGCAUGGUUUAUAAAGCUAAGUUCCGCUUAUACUGUAGCAGUCUCCGAAGCAAAGAUCAAAAAACGACAAAUGCCAGACCCGGCUACCGAAUGGACCGGAACAUUAAUUAAAUUUAUGAAGGACUUAAUACCCAAACUUCACGAACACUUUUACCAGGGUACAGUCCAGGAAAAAUCAUCGUCUACUGGCUCUUCAUGUGCCCCCGGCGGGAUGACACCCAAUUCUGGACAAAAUCCAAAUCAAACUAUACCAGCCCCGAUGUCUAGUCCAGUCGGAAGUAUCCAUAGUCCAGCUAGCUCAAGUCUUGGAAGCAGUACUUCACAGAUACAGAAUCAAGCCCCACCUCCCUCUCCACAGGAGGAACAAAAACUCGCUCAAAAGCAAUGGAAUUACUGCGCUCAGUUGUGCAAAUAUAUGUAUGAAGAAGGCUUGUUAGAUAAAGCAGAAUUUCUCAACUGGGUUCUAGAUUUGCUUGACAAAAUGAAAUCAUCGUCCUCGUCUGAUGAUGGAAUUCUAAAAGUUUACAUACCACUAGCUAUGCAAUACCUGCCGGAUUUUGUUCAAUCAGAACGGUUCGCCCGUCGGCUAGCCUAUGCUGUUUGCAAGAAACUAGCUCAUUUUAUCAAUGUAAUGGCAGAUAGUCAUAAUUUAAAUUUAACCAACUCAGAUACGUUCCAGACUAAACAAGAAUCAUUGGAACAAAAGGAUAAAAAUACAGAAAGAGUGUCCAUUGAAACGGAUACUAAAAAUGAUGAUGCGUCUCGGCUCAAUCCUUUUGAUUCAAUUUUCUCAGAAUACAUAGGCUGUCCCCAUCAUCGUGACAUGAUAAUGCAGCUAACCUCGAUCAUUCAAGUUAUAACACUAGAGUGCCCUACGGCUCUGGUAUGGUGUGGUGUUGGAGAAACACGCUCGUCCUCUGUUCUUGCCGGAAGUCCACUAGAUCAUCUUCCAAUUGCACCAUCCGGACUUGCAAUGCCAGCUCGUUGUGAAAAGUCUAACGAAGAAGUACGAAAGAAGUUAAUACUAGCGGAAGAAAGUAUAAAAAUACGUUCGAGACAUGCGGAAUCCCGUUGGUGCAUUGAUAAAUGGCAAACAGCGGCUGGAAAUGCUAGUUUGAAAAUAUUGACGGUUUUGGAUGCACUAGAUGGACAUUGCUUUGAUCGUAUGGACACAAACAACUCGCUAGAUACGUUAUAUCAGAAAAUUUUCCCUCCUUUGCAAAUACAAAAGGAAAUUUCAAAUGCUAACAGCUGCAGCCCUGUAAAUGUAAAUGAAAGCACCAGCAAGCAAUUAGAGUUUAAUGUCGAACAGGAUGCAUCAAUCAUCAAGAUUUUAUGUGAAUGGGCUGUAUCUUGGCAGCGUUGGGGAGAACAUCGCGCAAUGGCUGUUGCGUGGUUGUUGGAUAAAAGACAAUCUGAAGUUUACACAACAUACGAGAAUGAAAGUGGCAACAAUGUGAAUUCAUCUGACGACAAAGACUCGGUAAUUUCUGGAGGUGGGCCCGGAGGCGGAUUUCCUAUUUUUCAGAAUAUUUUAAUGAACUUUUUGGACAAUGAUGCUCCGACAUUUGAAGAACAUUGCACACCGCAAAACAAGAGCCAAUUUACAAAUCUAGUACAUUUGUUUAGCGAGUUGAUUAGACAUGAUGUCUUUUCACAUGAUGCGUAUAUGUGUACAUUAAUUUCGAGAGGUGAUUUACUGACUGGAUCUGGAAUGUCCGCAGUCGAUGCACAAACGAAUUGCAAUCCUGGACUAAUAACGGGUCCUGUUUCAAAUAAACCGGUAACAUCAUCACCUAAUGUGAAUCAAAGUGUAGAUGAAGAUGUUAUUCAGAACGACUUUAAGGCAAAGUUAGAAGAUUUGGAUGACUCCAACGUCGAUGAUGAUUUGGAUAAAUUACUGCAGCACAUCAAGGAGGAUCAGCAAAAUUCAAUGGAUGCCCCAGAUAGCCCAAAAGAUCCAGAACAAGCAACACCACAGCCGAACGUUGUCAACAUUAAGGCAGAAUCUUCCAGUCGACAUUUUUUGUACACGGAACACUUCCCACUAUGCCAGGAUGAUCCAAUAUCUCAACAUGAUUGCAAUCAGCGUUACAUACUUUUAUAUGGAGUUGGCAAAGAACGAGACGAAAAGAAACACGCAGUGAAAAAAAUGUCAAAAGAGAUUUGCAAAUUGUUCUCGAAGAAAUUUAGUAUUGAUGUUGCAGAGGGAGGUAAAGUGAAGAAGCAUUCACGGAAUGAGUUUAACUUUGAAUCAACAUCCAACAAGUGUCAAUCUAUGUCAUAUUUUGACCAAUAUGUUGUUACCUGGCAAUGUGCGGUUCAAGUUCAAGAAAUGUUGAAUAGUUUUGCUCUUGGAAAUAGCAGUUACCUCCCUGUUCAAGAGCAUGUUGCCUUUAUGUUUGAUUUGAUGGAAUCUGCAUUCAACAUCUAUGGUUUGAUUGAUACAUGCAUACAAAUUUUAAAAGAGCUUCCCGAAGUAGAGUUACAACUUAUGAGCAAGAAUUCUGUUUUGGUUAAAAACUAUACCACCUCUCUAAGUUUGUACGUAGUAGGCGUUUUAAGACGAUACCAUUGUUGCUUACUGCUAUCACCAGAACAAACCAAUGCGAUUUUUGAAGGACUUUGCCGAAUUGUGAAACAUGUAACUAAUCCAAGUGACUGUAGUUCUGCAGACCGAUGCAUUCUAGCCUAUCUUUACGAUCUCUACUCAGCAUGUACAUCCCUCAAAACUCGUCCUCAACAAGAACAAGCCUUUAAUAAUGCUUAUCCAAAAAUCAAGCAAGCUCUUUACACUCCAUUACAACCGGCUCCAUCUGCUCAUACUUACAACGCGCAGUUUAUGGUCGAUAUCAUAAAUUCACCCCGACGAGGAGGCAAAAUCGAGCCAUGUUGGGCUCGUCAACUAAAUGAAUCCGCAUCGAAUCGUUAUAGUUUUGUGUGCAAUGCAGUGAUUGCUGUUACCCGAGACAUUGAUAAUGAUACAUUAAAUGACAUAGCAGCAAUGUGCGCUGAAUUAACAGCUUGUUGCAAUGCCUUGAGUACAGAAUGGCUUGGAGUUCUUAUAGCCCUUUGUGGAUCUAGCAAAGAUGCUGGGUACUACGUGGAUGUGAUGGCUCAAGUGAACAUAAAGAAUACCAACAUCCAUAAUGCUCUAUCCGUAUUUACGAGCAUCCUCGUUGCAAGACAUUGCUUUUCAUUAGAAAAUUUCGUUGCUCACGUCGCGUUGCCUGCGCUGGUUCAAGCAUGUAAAGGACGCAGUGAAACAACAUCUGAGAUUGAAGCAGGAGCUAGGUUAUCCUGUCACCUUUUGUUACGAUUAUUCAAAACUAUCGAGUGCCCACAGCCAGGACUAUACUCAGUAAGUACAUCACCAAACCCCAUCACAACUACUGGACAAGUUCAUAACAUCAAGUUAAGCUGUGAUCGGCAUCUCCUUGCUGCUGCACACAAAAACAUUGGGGUCGCUCCAGUGUUAGCAGUGCUGAAAGGAAUCCUAGUGGUGGGCGAUGCCACAGCUCACAAAUCACAAUCGUCGAUUUUUGGAAGUGGAAAACGAAGUGGAUUAAACACGCCAGUUCAUCCUGGAAGUACUCCGAAGAAUGCCGGUGAUUUAAGCCACAUUUUGGGUACAAGUGAUCUCUCAGUCUUAGGCAACACCGAUGAAGUGGUGCUGGACAUUACGCAAAACAGCACCAACCAAGAUACAACAACAACAAGUUUAUCGGAAUUUGCUCAGCAUGUUCUGCGUCAAAUAUGCUCUCAAGAGUGGGUCUUAGAGCGAUGUCUUCAAAAUGCUGAAGAACUGUGCCAACAAGGAAUGCUGAUAGACAACAUGUUGACUGCAAAGCAAGCACAAAGAUUAUUGCAUAUGAUCUGCUACCCUGAGAAUGAAUCGAGCUUGAUUGCGGAAAUGGACCAAAAAGCUAUUAUCGUUCGAAUUCUCGAAAACCUUGAGCAGUGGUCGUUGCGGAUUUCAUGGCUUGACUUACAACUUAUGUUUAAGCAAACCAAUUGCAGUUCACCUGAGCUAUCUAACUGGCUAGACAUUGUUGCAAGAGCGGCGAUCGAUGUUUUCCAAGUUUAUGAAUGUAAUUUCAUGGGAUCAUUCACAAAUAAUGUAAAAAAUGAAAAGACUAAGCCAUCAAUUUGGUUGGUAGCUCCUUUAGUAGCUAAACUUCCAAGUGCAGUACAAGGAAGAAUUUUGAAGGUUGCUGGACAAGUACUAGAAAGUACUAAUAUGUUCAGCAAAUCAAAAGAUAGUAGUUCCGGGAAUAAUAAUAAUGGCUUGCACAGUCAAGGUGGCAACAGCAACAGUUCAAUCAGUUCAAACGGAAGCGUAAUGGUGGGAAAACAAAGCUCACAGUUGAAUCAUCAGCCCUUUUUAGGUUUGGUACUUACUUGCUUAAAAGGUCAAGACGAGCAAAAAGAAGGUUUACUGCAAAGUCUAUACUCACAGCUAUCACAGUUUCAGCAGAAUCGAGAUUUGGAAACGGUUGGUGGAAUAGAGGAUCCACUUGGUUUUGAAAAAAUGUUAGACGCCCUACAGCUACGAUAUUCUCUGGUAGGGGGUUUAUUUGAUGCAAUUCAAAAGAACUCGACUUCCACCAGUGACUGGGCCAUACUUUUUGCGCAACUUAUAAGUCAAGGAGUGAUCGAUUUGAGCAACAAUUCGGAGCUAUUUACAACAACUUUAGAUAUGCUUGCCACUCUGAUUCACUCGACACUCGUUUCUGAUAGUCAAUCAGAGCGGGAUGAAACUAAAAAACAGUAUACUAACUUGAUGAAAAAAUUAAGAAAGGAGCUGGGUGACAAAAACAAUCCUUCAAUCAAGUAUGUGCGGCAGCUACUUCCUCUUGCAAAACAGACAUGUGAAGUGAUAGCUUGUGAGCCUGCUGGAAGUUCUAUUGAUGCAAAAGGAAAUAAGAUCAACAUUGAUAGUAUCGAAAAGAAGCACGGUUUGCGAUUGUCAGACAAGCAGAGAGUAAGCGUUUGGGAUCUAUUAGAAGGUCAUAAAAAUCCUGCUCCUCUAUCCUGGGCUUGGUUUGGAGCAGUAAAAAUAGAACGAAAACCUUUGGCAUACGAGGAGACGCAUCGGCUUUUGAAGUAUCACACUCAUAGUUUGGUAAAACCUAGCAGCUAUUUCUAUGAACCACUGCCUUUACCACCAGAAGACUUAGAACCUCUACAGGAUAAAGUUAAAGACGAUAUGAAAGCUGAUACACCCACCUCAGAUCAAUCUCCUAAUCCAACCGGUAAAAAGGGCAAAUCUCAAGCCCGGAAACGAAAGCAAAAAGGAACUACAACGCCACAAAAUCAACAACAAUUAGGUCAAGCACAAGGACUACCUGGUCAAACACAAAUCGGACAGCAACCAGGAAUGAUUGUUGGACAGCAACAAUCUAAUCAAGGACAGCAGCAGCAACAGCAGCAACAAAUCGCUAUGACUCCACAGCAAACGAUGCAACAGCUUCAAAAUGCUAAUCUUGCCCAAAUUCAAAUGGGUGGUCAUAUGAAUCAAAUGAAUUCACAACAUAUGCAACAACAAUAUCAACAGCAAAACCAAAACCAACUGAUAGCUCAACAGCAAACUCUUGGUCAAGUAGGUCAUACUGGGAUGACUGGCAUGAUGGGUCCCCAGCAGCAACAAGCUGGUCCCAAUCAAAUGGGAUUUGUUGGAGCUGGUUCGGGUGGCGUUAAUUCUAUGAAUAACCCGAUGGGUAAUCAGAAUGCAGCCGCAAGUAAUCAGCAAUGGGGUGGUUAUAAUCCUAUGCAGCAACAAACACAGCAACAACAGCAACAACAGCAACAGCAGCAAAUGUUCUACAACCAAGCUAUGGCACCAGGGUUGAAUAGAUUUGAUAGGCCACAGUUAAAUACUAAUCCCAAGCAGGUUCUAUCGAAUAUGUUACGAGCGCGGGGUGUAAACCCUGGGACAGCUGGAUACAUGCAACAAAGUCAACGUAAUCCACAACAGCCAUUUAUGCGUGGACCAAUACGACCUGGAAUCCCAAAUCAAAUGGUAGGUGCUGGAAUGACAGCUACGGCUGGUGGAACGAUGAUGGGAUCAGGUGGAAGCAUGAUUCAAACAAAUAUACUUACUCAGCAAGGAUCAGGUAUGGUCAAUCAAGGAUUGGGAAACGCUGCAAUGGGAGGAAAUGCAUUGAUGGGACAAGGCACUGGAAAUACGAGUACCAGUGGGAUGGGUAACCCGAGUAUGAUGGGAAUCCAAAAUAUUCAACAAUCUAGUAACAUGAAUCCUGGUAUGGUGAACCAGGGAAUGAAUUCCAGUCUGGUAAACACGGGAAUGUUAGGACAAGGUCAAGGUACUUCAAGCACAGGCACAUUGGGUAAUACAGGUAUGAUGGGAAUGCCGAAUAUGCAGCAAAGUGGAAUGCAAGCUGGAAUGUUUCAAGGACAAGGAGGACCUUAUCAAAAUUACCCGAACUAUGGCAAUCAGGGUAUAGGACAACAAAGUGGCCAGGGUAUGAUGAGUAACUUUAAUCAAAUGAGCCAGCAAAGAAAUACUCAAGCCGAAUACAUGGCUCAACAAAGAGCACUUGCUGCGCGGGGUGGACAAUAUGGGCAGCAUGCCCCAAAUGUCACUAUGAAUAACAUGGUCAAUCAAGGAGCAGUUCCGCCAUAUCCGAGACAGGGUGGUAAUGCAGGCACAGCAGCUGCACAAAAUCAGCAGCAGUUCCAACAACAAAGACUGCGACAGCAAAUGAUGAUGCAACAGCAACAAGGAAUGGCUCAACAAGGCAAUACCCAAGGAAUGGUGCAAAAUCAGGGGCAAGGUAUGAGUCAGCAACAAACGCCUAAUCUGGUUGCACAACUACAACGUCAAAUGCCAAAUCAGGGCAACAUGAUGGGUCAGCAGUACUCGCACCAACCUCCACCUUACUGAAAUAAUUGAUAAUUGCAUGGCUUCAUAU